UGUCUGCUGGGUAUAGGGAAGAGGGGCAGACAUUGCAAAAAAAAAAAGAAAAAAACAAGAAAAACAAGUAGGAGGCGGAGGAGAGAGAUGGAGACCGGAGGGCGGGAGGCAGGAAAACAGAGCACUGCUGUCUAAACCAGGCCAACAAUCUUCAGCCUUCUCCUUCUUGCCUCUCCUCAGAUCCAGGACAAUGUUCCAGGCUGAUUCCUCCGCAGCCUCAUGGUUGCCGCAGGGACAGACCGACAGUCAAAGACCCUUCAAGAGCAAAGUCGACCAGACCUGCAAGACUUCUGUGGACAGGAGAGGCGCCUGAGGCUGCAGACAGAGAUGGACCCUUCCGGGACGCUCUGGCAGUUUCUCCUGCAGUUGUUGGAGGAGCAGAGUCAUCGGCACCUCAUCUCCUGGACGUCCAACGACGGGGAGUUCAAGCUUCUGGACGCUGAGGAGGUGGCGCGGCUGUGGGGCCUGCGUAAAAACAAGACCAACAUGAACUACGACAAGCUCAGCCGAGCUCUGAGAUAUUACUACGACAAGAACAUUAUUAAGAAAGUCAGCGGCCAAAAGUUUGUGUACAAAUUCGUGUGUUACCCGGAUCCCGGCAGCGGAGAACCUUCCAAGGAAGACGCCAAAUGUAGGGAGUCUGUGAAUGAACUCCCCCAGACCCCGAAACCUGGAGACAACUCUGCCUUUGUCCCCAAGAUGGUGAGGAGCAGCUCCAAGACUAGCCGCAAUGAGUACAUGCGCUCUGGCCUCUACUCCACCUUCACCAUCCAGUCGCUGCAAGCUCCACCCAGUGCGCAGCAGACCAAGGCUAACAAACCGGACAUCUUGCCUCCAGCCGAAGCUCCUCCCCUACCCGAGGCCAAAGGUCAAAGCAUCAGCAUCCCUUCGUAUGAGGCCGUGGAGCAGGACGAUGGAGAUCUCUCCUUGGAAGUCAACAUCCAUAGCUCCAAGGAACUGCAGCUCCAUGUCACAGUUGAUCCACCAACUCCUAUCAUCAAGGUGGAGGACCCUCUAGAAGAGACCUCAACAGAUGUCGAGGACUUCUCCGAAUCCCAGGUCUUUCUUACGUCUUUACCAGAUUUGAAGACCCCGACUUCUGACCAGCCGCUUGCCCAGGAGAUUUUGGUAGUCAUCAACUCACCAGAGAAGGAGGAAGAAGUGAAGGGGAGGACGGAUUUUCAAGAGGAGGUGAAGAAGGAGGACACAACUCCACCGGUGUCAUCUCCUGAAGGAGGACAGCCCAUGAAAGGGAAAAAGCCAAAGGACUUGGAAAUACCGUUCUCUUCUGUGAUAGCACCAGAGAAGAUGAACGCUGCUGUGAAUUCCUUGCUGGCUCCUGGGAGUGCAUCUUCUGUCAUAACUUCUCAUUCACUGACGCCUCUACUGCUCACGCCAAGCUCUCUCCCUCCUUCUAUCCACUUCUGGAGCACGCUCAGCCCCAUAGCUCCUCGAAGUCCAGCAAAGUUGUCCUUCCAGUUCCCAACAAAUGGAAGCAACCAGAUCCACAUCCCAACCCUCAGUGUUGAUGGACUAUCCACCCCUGUUGUCCUUUCACCAGGACCUCAGAAGCCAUAAGGAACCCACAGAGCUGUGACCUCCAAGUUCACCAUAAGGACAUAAUACCUUGUCUGUUCACUGAACCAUCUUUGGGCGGCUCUUACCUGUUGACCGAGAUGUGUAUUUCUUGUGUUGUGAUAUCUACAUAGACGCAGCCUGCUUUUUGCCUAUGGCAGUUCUUUCGCCUGUAAAAAAGAAGACCCACCAUGGUAAUCCAGAUGAUAACCAGCCCAGCGCGUGGCCCGCCACACAGAAGAUGUCCCUGCAUCCAUGGUGGUUGAUUGCCAAGUAAUGUGCGGUUUUCUAGAGGAUAGUUGCUGCAUUCUCUUUAUGAAGACAAGCCUCCUUAUAUUCCUCAAGAGGGUGCCACCACCAAGUCCAAGGUCAUCAUCCAUGGUUGAAAGUUACCUCUGAUAAUGGCCAUGAUUCUCAAGGGGAAAUAAUGUUACCAUUUCCACCAACUCCUUAUUAUAUCAACACAUGGCACUAGAUGUGGCCUUGUCAACUUGGUGUGAUUGACAUAGAUAUGUUCUCCAUGAACUUGGAGCCUCCAACUUGGCUACAUUUUCAGAUGUAUGAUCAUCACAUUAUACAAGUGAAGAACUUAAAAAAAAAAAUUAGGUCUAGAAAGUAAUUUUCAUACUUGGAGAUGGAGGUCAUUAUGAUGUAGACCAAACAUCUGAAAGAAGUAAGAUGGAAAUGGUGAACAUCUCCAGGACAUCCAGCUGGCCAGGAUGAUGGACAGUUCUUGAGGAUACAAUGAGGUCAUGCUGGAUUAAAGGUGGCUGCCACUUGAAGAACAGAAGACUUCUAGCCCUUUGAGGAAAUAUGGUUUCCAGGUAGAUAAGAGAAUGUCCUUGGAAUUAUAAGAAUAUGGGUCCACUUUCUCCAGGAUGUCUGGGAACCUUUUUGAUAGCACUUAGCACAGGCGGUCUGUUGGCGCUUUCUUGUGCGUUAUUGCUAAAAUCGCACAGACGUCGCAGAUCUCUAUAUUUCGGGAGUGUGAAAAUCUUUCUUAUAUUGUUACCGAGAUUCUGGAACACAGUCUCUCACACCUUUACCGAGUUGUCUCCUCACCUCCUUCUUGAGAAGCAGAAAGUUCAGCCACUGAUGAAGAUAAGACUAUAUUUAGACUUUAUGUUGCUACCCUUUUUUCGGGUUACUUUUCUUGUUUCCUCUUUAAUGUUUUGUUUUUCCGGAUCCUGCUUUUAUAGUGUCCCUCCACCUUCUUUCAGGUUACGUGGAUAACUGAUGCAUGUUCUGAAUAGGAGUAGACUAGAACAGUGGUGGGCAACCAUCCAAUCAGAAAACCAAAAGGGGUCAAGAAUCUGAUUUUUUAUUUAUUUCUGAUUUAAGGAUGGGGGGCUCUGAUUGUCAGAGGUGAAAUACUUAUUGCACCUCAUUUUUUGCCCCCCUUCUUUUCGAUGGCUGAUUGGGGUAGGUCAUCUUUGUUCUAGAAUGUGGCUUUUAGAUAUUCUUUAUUUCUUAAGGCAAAUGAAAUUGAUUUAAUUAUUUCUUGUUGAGUAGAAAGCAGCUACACCACUUCCCACUUAUCAUGGAGGCCAUAAUUACUUCUCCAAUUUCACAUAACCACCAUCCUAAAAUAUUAUCUGACCCUUAUGUUGUUUCAUGGAGACAUCACCUUUUUUCAUCUUAUCGUCCACCCCAUAUCUGAUGAAGUGCUCUAGAUUACGGUAUCUUAUUCUUUACUAACCUCUGUCUGUCUCUACAGAUUCUAUAAAUAUCACCAAUCUCUUCAGUUCUUCUACCCAUGAUAUAUCCAUCACCGGCUAGAUCUA